AUCGCUAUCCUGUAACAAAUGCAGAAACACUUCUUUAUACUAAAUAUUUAACCUCAAUAUAUAUUCGGAACUGCAUUUUGGAAAUAUCGUUCUGAAACAGGAGAGUAGAGGCUCAAAAUAAUUCAUUACAUUCUGUGAUUAAGAUAAGUUUUGUGGGUAAAUAAAAGCUAGGCAUAUAUAUAUGUGCCAGUCCUCAUAAAUAAGUCCUUAAAGACAAUCUCAUCUGCGUCUUCGUUGCUUCUCAUGGAUUUCCACACACACGAAUCUUCAUUGUAGGAACUGUACAACUUUACUUGGAAGUAACUAAAAGGCAACUCGGAGAAGUGAGGACAUACACAAUCUUCUCGGCUUAAAUGAAAUCAAUGUUGCGAGAUUCGUUUAUCAUGUUCAUAGUUUACAGAAGUGAGUAAAGUACACCUGCAACCAUUUGUAGAAUACUGUCAAGAGUUUCUGGAUCUAUACCUGUGAGCGAUGGCGCGAUCGAGGAAAGCCUCAGACGAGGCAAACCAAGGCACUUCUCUCAAGGAUCUCACCAACAACAAUACAGCAGUUCGUCUUACCCGCCAGGUCACUCUGUUAGAUAGCAUAUCCCUGAUCGUUGGAAUGAUCAUAGGGUCCGGUAUCUUCAUCUCUCCCAUAAGCGUCCUCGAAAACUCUGGAGGGAUCGGUUGGUCUCUCCUUGUCUGGGCCCUCUGUGGCAUCAUCUCCAUGCUAGGAGCGCUGAGUUACGCUGAGCUCGGUACGACCUUCCCCGUAUCUGGAGGUGACUUCUCCUACCUCCUGGAAGCGUAUGGCCCGAUCCCGGCCUUCCUAAGACUCUGGACCAGUGUGGUGUCCAUCAGAACCGCAUCUGCCGCUGUUUUGUCCUUGACGUGUGCAACGUACAUUCUUCUUCCGUUUUACCCAAACUGUGAAGUUUCACCCGUUGUGCUGCGACUUGUAUCGGCCUGUAUUCUUUGGUGCAUCUUCUUCGUGAACAGCGUUAGUGUCCCAAUCAGUAGAAAGAUACAAGUUUUAUUCACCGCGGCAAAGCUUCUUGGUUUAGCUGUCAUUAUCGUCUCUGGCAUUAUCCAGUUAGCUAAGGGUGAGACAUCCAAUUUUGCAAACGCCUUUGACACUUCUGAAUUCGAUUUCAAAAAAUUCCCCCUCGCCAUUUAUUCCGGACUCUUCGCCUAUUCUGGAUGGCAAUACCUGACUCAACUGACCGAAGAAAUUGUCAACCCUUCACGAACAGUUCCUUUGUCCAUUAUCAUAUCUAUGACAAUAAUAACCGUGGUUUACCUGCUGACCAACGUGGCUUACUUCACAGUUCUAUCCGAGAGUGAGAUGCUGACAUCUAGUGCAGUAGCAUUGGAUUUUGGACAGCGGGUAUUAGGAACUUGGUGGUGGACCAUGAGUGUUGCUGUUGCUAUGUCAACCUAUGGAUCUUUAAAUGGUGGAGUUUUUGGAUUUGCAAGAUACCUACUAGUUGCAUCACGUGAAGGUCACAUGCCUGCCAUAGCAUCGAUGAUACAUAUUGAUCGGAAAACCCCCUUACCUGCUGCCGCAUUAUUGGCUCCCCUCUGCCUUUUGAUGCUGAUAAGUGAUGACGUAGGAAGCCUUAUCAACUACCUCAGUUUUACACGAUGGCUGUUUAUCGGACUCACAUGUGCUAUUAUCCCGUACUAUAGAUGGAAAUAUCCAGAACUACAUCGCCCGUUUAAGGUUCCUCUGGUUGUCCCGAUAGUUUUCGUGCUGUGUGCGUUUUUCGUGGUUGGUAUGUCACUAUACAGCAGUCCUGUAGAUUGUGGUAUUGGUUUAGGAAUCAUGUUAGCCGGGAUACCAGUCUAUUACCUGUGUGUUUGGUGGAAGAACAAACCAGAUUGGAUCAACAAUAAAUUGGAUCGAGCAACCAUAUUUUUACAGCAGAUCCUCUUUGUUGUGCCCCCGGAGGAAGGAGAGGACUAAUGACCGUCGCGUGAACUCAAGGCCGUACGCAAUUUUUUCCUUAGGGGCGGGGGGCAUGAAUAUUUUAAUUCCUCGAAAGCAUACAAAGCGAGGGAACAAAAUAGCUAAGCUUAUCACUAAGGAUUUGAUGCACCCUUCAUCUAAUUUAUGACCCCUCCCCCCCCCCCCCCCGUAAUGCGUAUGGCUAUCUGCAUUAACAUAAACAAUUUUUUUUUUUACUUUACAGUUAACUAUUCAGCACUGCCCACUUUCUCGCAUUAUCGAAGUAGAUAUUAUCAUUUCAUAAUGUAUUGAUUAUCACUGUCAAUAUGAUUGAAUAUGUAGCUGAAAUGAUUUAUUUAUAUACUAUAGUCUUUGUUUUGAAAAUGUAAAUUGUUCUUCUUUCAAAGUACGAAAAUUAUUUAACAUGAUAAUAAAUUUAUUAGUGUAAGAGAGGAUAACAAACGAUGAUGUCCUGAAACUUAUGGAUCUUACACGGAAGGAACUAUUAAUAUCAAUAAAGAAACGCAAAUUCUAAGAAGACGCGAAUCUUUGCAAAAAGAAAAUCAUGGAGGGAAAAAAGUGAAGGCAGAAGCGAAAGAGGUCGGAAACGGGAAAGCUGGCUUGGAAUUAUCGAGGAUAUGAUGGACAGAAUGAUAAAAUGAAUGUUGUGAGAUUGCACUGGACAGAGAAAGAUGGAAAACCAUGACAUCCAACCUUUUCAAAGAGAAUGAACGGUGGUAAGCUAACGUAUAGAUGGAUAAAUGGACAAAGAAAUACAUUCAAAGUGGUCUAGUGGUUACGACUCACGUCUUUCAAUUAGAGGGACGUGGGUUCGAAUUCCAGCCUUGGCGUGUUUUCCUUCAGCAAGGAAUUUACCAACAUUGUGCUUCACUCGACCCAGGUGAGGUGAAUGGGUACCCGGUAGACUUUAUUCCUUGAAUGCUUUAGCGCCUAUAUGGCGGCUCAGCUGCAGCCGGGAUUAUGAUACCAAGUAUCAAGCGCAGUAGAGUAUAUACAAUUACAAUAGCUGCGCUACAUAAAUGGACCAUAAUAUUGUUUUUGUAAUUAAAGAAAUAGAAAGUCAAUACAUAAGCAUCAAACAAAUAAAUAAGAUUAAAACAGAUGAGCAUUAAAUGUAUUUUGUUGUAAAUUAUUUUGUAAUUUCUUGACGAAAUUCACGGUCUUAUGAAAUAAAGUACGUUUGCCAACAUUUGUAUGUGAUUUGUAUGUAGUAAUAUAAGUAUACUCGCAUGUAAGAGCAUGUAAAAGCCUAGAUAUACUUCUUUUACUUCGAUUGUUAUAUAAUAAUAAAAUACAAGAAUAAUGA